UUUACCGCCCGCUUUGGUUGAAGCCAAAACAGAACAUCAUGGCGAUUGAUGGUGGCGAGCGUAACUGUGGAGUACAUGAGCUAAUCUGCGUCAGAAAAGUUUCUCCAGAGGUGCUGGGGUUUCUGACAGCCAUUGGGCUCUUCAUCAUCCUUAUGACCUUCCUCUUCUGGUACCUCAACAACAAGUUGGCACUAGAGAACCCAGGCAGCCUUCAGUGCCUUGAUGACUUCAGGAAAAGCACAGACUUGCGAGAUAAAGUGUACUCCGACGCCGACCUGCAGGACUCGUCAUCAGACAGUGAAGAUGAACUGAUGGGUCAAUAUCAGGAAGCAGUCAACCGCUCCCAAGGUCUCCGGGGAGGAGCCAAGGCAACCUCUAAUGCCAAACACUCAGGUUUCAGGUGGGAGAGCCGGCAGAAGUACAGCCCUCUGACUGCUGACUAUGACGGCUACAGCAGCGAGGCCUCAGCUGAUGAUGUCAACUGCAUCCAGAGGAUGAGGCGAACUCCACCGCUGGAUGAGCUUCAGCCACCUCCCUAUCAGGAUGAGAAUGGCUCUCCGAGGAUGUCCUGCACCCUGUCCGACCUGGGUGAUGCCAAGUGUGACCUGUCCCAGACCAGCGGCAGUCCCCACCUCUCCUUUGGCAAGUGUCCCAGUGAGGGCAGUGACGGCCAUGAAUCUGAGAGUUACCUCAACAAGGGCUAUGAGGAGGACGUCCCAAGUGACAGCACAGCUGUCCUCAGCCCAGAGGAUAUGUCAGCUCGAGGAUCAGCUGCACAGCUCCUCAAAGGUUAUGAGCCGGAUCCUAUUGCAAAGUACGGCACCCUGGAUAUUGUGUUCGACUAUGACUCUGAGGAGCAGCAGCUGUCUGUGACCAUCAUGGCCGUGACUGACCUUCCCUCAGUCAAACGCACUGGGAACAUCUCCUGGCAGGUCCACCUGGUGCUUCUUCCCACCAAGAAGCAAAGGGCGAAGACGGGCAUCCAGCGAGGCCCGUGCCCCAUCUUCACAGAGACCUUUCGCCUCAGCCACGUGGAGUCAGAGAUGAUCAGCAAUUACGCCAUCCGGUUCCGCCUUUACAGUAUGCGACGGAUGAAGAAAGAGAAGGUCUUUGGAGAGAAGGUGUUCUACCUCACCAAGCUCAACCUUCAGGGCAAAAUGUCUGUGCCGGUCAUAUUAGACCCAUGCUGUGCUCUCCCGGGCGGUGAAUCACAGGUCAGCCUCUCAGAUAUGACAUGCAGUGAAAGCGCCUCAUCAUUCCAGUCCAUCAGUCAGACUUGCACACCAGAGAUCCUCGUUGGCCUGGUGUACAAUGCCACUACUGGGCGUCUCUCUGUGGAAGUCAUCAAAGGCAUCCAUUUCAAAAACCUGGCUGCCAACAAGCCACCCACUGUCCAACCCUUGUUGUCAGAUGGGCUGUUCUGUUGUCUAAAACACUUGAUAGGUGGACAGGUUUAUAUUAUCCGAGAUACAUAUGUUAAGCUGACCUUACUGAACUCCAUGGGACACGAAAUGUCCAAGUGUAAGACAUCCAUCUGUCGAGGUCAGCCCAACCCGACCUACAAAGAGACAUUUGUCUUCCAGAUAGCCCUUUUCCAGCUAUCUGACGUCACGCUCAUCCUCUCUGUCUACAACAAGCGCAGCAUGAAACGUAAGGAAAUGAUUGGCUGGAUUUCUCUGGGCCUCAACAGCUCAGGAGAGGAUGAGCUCACCCACUGGACUCAGAUGAAAGAAUCUAAAGGACAGCAGGUCUGCCGUUGGCACAGUUUGCUGGAGUCUUAACGGUGAUGGUAGAGUGGGUCGAAGGUGAGCAUGAGGGUAACUACACAAGGCAGUUUCAUCCCACAAGGGCAAGAAAUGGAGAAGUUCAGUUGGAAAGAAGAGCGGGACAGUCAUCCAAUGAUCCCGGGGUCAGUAAAGGAAGAGGAUGGGACUGAACCUCAUGUGUCUACGCUCACAGUUGUUCAGCUUAGCAAGAUAAUGUUGGCAAGAUCACUGACAGCUACAGAUUUAGUUUUAUGGAUAAGUAAAGCAUUGUCAUAUUUUUACAUGGGUUGCCUUGUGAUGACUUUUAAGUUUUUGUAGAAGACGCCUGGUUUUGCUUGUUGAUGUAGGACCUGAAUAAUACGACCAUGUGUCGGCACAUCUCCAACUCAAACAACAGAUGUCGGGAUUACUCUUCAUCUCAUCAUCAAGAGUUUACCUUUGGCUUUGUGGGCAAAGAUCGUUAACAAGUUCAUGUCAUGAAUUCAGUGAUAAAUCCAAAAAUUGGCUCCUAACUGGCACUAAAAUGUGAUUUGUCGCCAUGUUUUGACAACAUUUAAAUUGCAAUCUUAUCACAGAGGGUCACUUCCUUUGUGUAAAACAAGCUGGAUGUCACAAUCAACCCUGUUAAUUCUGCUAUGGCUUCAUUUUGAGUUGCAAGUUUUCAAAAAGUUUAAUUGUAAAAUGUCUUCUGCUAAUCAGCACACUCUUUACAAACCCACUUCAAAAGCUCCCAUGGUUUUGGAGAAUUUCCUAAAACACCACUGCGUGAGUCUACUUUGUUCGUAAGCCUAAAUUUUUCCUGACAUCAGUUCUUUGAUCAAGAGGUUUGACUACACAAAGCUUUCUCCAGCGCUAACUGCACUGAUCAUUGUGUUUUAAUCACAAUCAAAUCAUCGUUUUUAGGCUACAAGGACAUAAAACGCCCCAUUAUCUUCCAGGGAAUACAUCAAAGGCAGUUUAAGGUUAACUCUUACUCCACCAAAGUUUAUUUCACCUCAUCAGUGUGUCUGCAGAAGACUAUAAUGAUGAAGAUGGAGGCUUACUUUUAAGGCAGAGUCAUUGAUGUCUUCUAAGAAUAGUCUCUAAAUGCCACACCGACGAAUGCCUCUCUCACUUGACACUGUCGAAGUGGAAAUGUAGUUUGAAGCUAAUUGUUAGUAAACAAAACAACUUAUUUAUUUGUCUGAAAGAAACAUCUGAUAGUGGAAGUAUCAAGAAGAAACUCAGUUUAGAAUAAAAUGAGCAUUUUACCUUAACAGAUUUUUUUGGAAAACAUUUUCAGGACAUAUUGACAGACCGAGAUGUGUUGUAUACACUGCUGGCUUUAUUAUCUAAAUGUUAGACAAAACAACAAAAAAUUUAACAUUUUUUUAAAGAAAUUAAACACCUGUUUCUGAAUGAAAAUGACUCUGUACAUCCUAGCUAUAAGGUGAGAAGAAAACUCACUUUUCACCUGUUCUGGUGCUAUAUAAGAGUUAUGGCUGCACGCAGGAGCCUUUGCCUUAUGUAGUCGAAUUAAUAAAACUCUUAAAGUAGACAGACACACCCUGAGAGCACACAACCUGCAUCAGUGACUACAGGAAGCACACACACUACAGCACGGUUCAGCCUCACCAGAGGGAACAAAAACUUUGUGAAAUGAUUUUUAUACAACAGCAUCCAAACUUAUAAAAUGGCUUCAGGCAAAUAGGCUGCACUUUUAACUUAAGCCACUCUCACACUUCUUUCCAUUUUCAGACAUGCAUAUACUCUGUACUGUGCCUGUGGUUGUGGUGAAAGCUAGCUUUGUUCAGUGUUUACCAAGUGUGUGUGCGCGUGAGUGUGUGUUGACUGGCUAAGGUGCAGUGAAGGGAGAUGUUUUGCGGGGCUGUGAUAAAAGUAGUUGUUGCUUUUUCAUGCUGGGUGUGACAAUUUUGGAUUUUAAUUAAAACUAAAUGACACUUCUCAAUUGUAUGGCUUAUACUUUAUAUUAGUAAAUGUUUUAUUAUCUAUUUUUAUAUCAGCAAUGAAGGAACACUUUGUCUCUAGACAGUUUAAUUAAAUAUUAACCGGCUCCGUAAGCAAUACUCUUCUGAAUUGCUUCUUUAUCUUAAUCCAGUUUUCUGUGUCAUGGCUCAGGUCGUAUUUAUCACCAGUGGUGAAUGUGAUGGAGACCAGCUGAGCUCAUUUCCAAAAUGUCUUUUUCAGAUUUAUGCUUUUUAACAGAGUGAAACUGAAGCACAGCCUUUACAGCACAACAGUGAACGCACACCCUGUGAAAGACAACUCAUUUGUAGUAAUUAUAUUUAUAUAUAUAUGUAUGUAUGUGUAUAUAUAUAUAUAUAUAUAUAUAUAUAUAUAUGUGUGUGUGUAUGUAUGUAUAUUAGAGCUGUCAAGAAAUUAGGAUAGCUGUGGAUUAAUCGCGAUUGACCACAUUUCAAACACGUAGCAUGGAGACUCCUUUCUGCUCUGUCUGCAAAUGACAGCUUUUUUAUUGAUUAUUACAUUUUUAUUGUCAAACUUCCCGUCUCUCUUCCGUUUUUGGAUGUUUCCAUCCUGCUGUGGACACAAUCUAACAUUAUGUAGAUGCAAUGACUUUUUCUUGUUUUCUGGGUGGCAGGCACGCAGCACUUUGGUGCAGUACCACCACUAACAGGAGUGUGAAGAAAAUUUGAGAUGAAACGACUAAGUGGUUAAUUGUGUGAUAUACCACAUAGGUCAUCCUGUGGCCAUAAAAACUACUUAAAACUACCAAAAACUUCAUAAAUAAGAAGGAUAAAGUGGUUUUUAGUGGAUAUGGUUGAUCACUGUGAAAAGGCGCCGACAUGCCCAAAAUCAGCUUCUCUCGCCAGAGUCAGAUUUUUAAUUUGGCAUGAGUGAUAACUUUAUUAUAUUUGUAAUGCACUGAAUUAUUAUUUUCACAGAUUUAUAUCUUCAGCUUAACACAUUAUUUUGACAGCCUAAAUAUAUCUUUGCACAAAUGAGGAAGCAGCUUUGUUUUCGUAGCAUAGAUUUUAUUUGCUGUGAGAUGUAUAAUUAGUUGGACUGUAAUGAUAGUCAUGCUCCAAAGUAUGUAAUAUGAAAUUAUUUAUUAAUUAGUUGGGAUCUUUACCUGUAUUACAUAUUCUGUCUAAAAUUAUUAAGGUUAUUGCAUAUUGUUAAAUUUAUUUCCAGCUGCUACUUUAUUAACCCCCAGAGGUUAAUUAUUGAGCUGAUUUCAUAUUAUAUUAGCUUUUUUAACCCUCCAGCCAGCAAUGAAGGUUCUCCUUAUCUUUCACAUGGUGUGUUUCACUAUUCCUUUCUUUAAAAUACUUAAUUUAUGCUUUAAAGUAUUGUUGUUUAUAUUCAAUAUCUUUCAGAGUUUAAGCUGCUUUAAAUAUGUUAUUAUUUAUUUUUUUUGUCACUUAGGAAACUACCCAUGCCAUAGGUGGCAUUGGUGCCUUACUGUUUGUCACCCAGCAACCUUGUGUCACGGUGUCUUAACAUAACUGUAAAUGUACUUCUCUUCUGUAUUUGGAUGAGAUUGAUUUGUAAAACAAAUUGAUUUGUGAGAAUUGCUAUGUAACAAUAUCAUUGUUAAAAAAAAUAACAAAGUAAAAGAAAAAAA